GAUACUCAACUGGAGGAUGAGCUUCCGUGGGGACCUUCGCAUCCUUGUUUCCCGCAUCUGAAUCCUCACGUUGCUAUCUCGUCUGCGGCUUAUGCGACUACUCGUGUCAUUCGCAUACAAAGAGAUUGGCUGGUCGCAGGCGACCUGUAUCCAGCACUUCAAAACCUGUACCCGGAGAUCCUGGACUUGUGGAUGUCAGAGUCAGAAUUCAGAACUGUUAUUGAGACGCUGAAUCCAAUGUUGAAGCAUGCGUUUGAGCCAAAUACUUGGGCCAGUUGGUUUGAUGCUUUGAUGGGCGUUGCAACAGGCUUCUUGUGGGAUAACUUUGGCUGGACGGGAGUCAAGCGGGGAGUCAGGGAUAUGGAGAAAUGGGUCGAGGGAUGGAACACCGAGGCUGAGAGGGAAGGCAGAGAGGUGAGGUUGAUCGAUCUGAGGAGGACGGGUUUCUUGAGUCUGGAUAUUCAGAUCCCAGAUCCGCAUGUU